AUGUCAUUGAAAAAGGAAAUUAAAGAGGAUAAAGCAGACUUGGAGAACGGAAACCUGAGUCAAAGUGUUUUGGAAAACAAUGACCCUCUGUUGGCCUCAUUAAAUGCAGAGCAGAAAGAAGCAGUCACAGCACCGGCUGACGCCACCCUUCAGAUCCUGGCGGGCCCAGGCACAGGCAAAACAAAAACACUAUGCCAUCGCGCCGCCUGGCUCGUUUGCCGCUGCGGCGUAGACCCUCGAGGAAUCAUGCUUGUAACUUUUACCAACCAGGCAGCGCGUGAGCUUGCAGAACGUGUUACUGCUCUUCUUGGUGAGCAGGCGGUCCAACAUGAGCAAGCAUCCUUACCAGUGUGUUGCGGAACCUUUCACGGACUUUGUCUCAAGUUUUUGAAAAAACAUGUCGACAAAACAGGGCUCCCGCAAAACUUUGCAAUCGCAGACGAUGCUUCACAGAGAUGCAUGAUUGGCCGCGUUUUUCGCAACAAAACAAUCACCACAUUAGCAAAAACCCUCGGCUAUGAAGUUUGUCGGGACGGGCUCUUGGCCCCAUCACGAAGGGACACCCCACACUUCGUUAACACCCAUACAGUACGCGAAGCCAUCGAUCUCAUCAAAUCUUCUGCUUUGACAAUCGAAGAAUGGGCUGAUGGCACUGGAAUUCCUCCCGAAGGCACCACACUACCAGUACGAAGUCCUCUUAUGCGUGUUAUUCUUACUGAUUACCAAUCUUGCCUUGACACGGCUGGUCUUGUUGAUUUUGGUGACUUGUUGCUCCGCGCAUUACAUUUAUUUCGCAAGUAUCCAGAAGUCACCAAAGAUAUCAGGCAUGUUCUUGUUGAUGAGUAUCAAGAUACAGAUGCGACCCAGUACGCUCUUCUUAAGGCUUUGGCAAAGCCUACUACCAUUGUAGGAGACCCGGAUCAGUCCAUUUACUCGUUUCGUUCAGCGCAGCCCCGCAACUUCAUGCGCAUGCGCGAGGAACAACAACCAGAUAACCCAAUUCGGUGCGUUUAUCUGACAACAAACUACCGCUCUCCAAAAGCUGUGCUUACUCUGUCGGAGCUCAUCAUUAAGCAGGAUCGAUCACGUAUAGAUGCAGAUCGAGCCCCUCUCCGUGCACACAAGGAUUUUAAAGAUGGUGACAUUGAAAACUUAUUACCACCUGCACCCGUCGAAGUUGCGUUUCGGUCCCCGUACGAAGAAGCGCGUGCCAUUGCAGCAUAUAUUAAACAGCUUGUUGCUGAGAAUAGUCCCGUGUUUCGGUACUCAGAUUUUUCAAUUUUGUUGCGAUUUCGGCGGCUGAUGGAUGUCAUUGAACUUGGACUCACAGAAUUGAACAUUCCUUACAAAUUAACCGGUGCGUCUUCGUUUUGGAGCCGCCGCGAAAUCAAAGCGGUGACUGAUUUUCUAUGCAUUAUUUAUAACGACCGUAACGAGCUGGCCCUUUCUGAAACUUUGAAGUUGUGCCGUUCCGGAGUUGGUGAUACGACACUGACAAAGCUUGGAGAUUUGCAGACUCCGGAGUAUCCCACGUUAAUGGCCAAAUUUCGUGCUAUUGUAUCUUCAUCAAAAGCCAUUUCAGAUAUUUUGAAAAAAAACAAAAUUCGCAUCACGCACACGGCACGAGAAAAUAUUUCCAUGCUACUAGCCUUCAUUGAUCGUUGUCGCGCUACUAUUACAUCUCUUCCCUAUCCGGAGUCUCUUGACCGUGUGUUUGAGCUUAUAACAACAGAAGAGUAUCAACUUUUGGAGUUAGUCAGCGGUGGAGUCGAUAAAGAGGAUCCAGAUACUAUUGCUGGACGUCAGCAUAAUCUUUUUUUAUUACGGGCAAGACUUUUGUCACUGGAGGGUGACGUUGAUCCCGAACUUCUGGAAGGCAAUGGCAAGCCGGAUUCAUACCCGGAUUACCUUGGUGCUUUUUUACAGCUGAUGGCCCUGAACUACAUUCCUGAAGGUGCCGAUGAGGAGGAUGACAAUAAGGAGAUGAAGACCCUGGGCAGGGUCACUGUCUCAACCAUUCAUGGUGCCAAAGGUCUUGAAUGGCCUAUUGUUUUUCUACCACGCCUUGCAGAAACAGAUAUUAGAUCUGAAAACUUUGACGAAGAGUGUCGACUUCUUUACGUUUCCGUGACACGCGCGUGCGCCUUUUGUUUACUUUCAGAUUCUACAACAGCAACAACAUCAUUUGGCGAAGAUUAUGGCAUUUACCAAAAGAGGAAAAACUACGGAACGCUGGUGGAAGCCUCACGGGACGGGAUUGGCGAGCCGUGUAAACAAUUCCCCAAGCCAGAUUUGCAUUUUAUUAAAGUUAUGGCUCGGGCUCUUGGUCGCGAGGAAGAGUUGAAAAAAUCUGCAACAGAAAAAGUUGGGCGUUCAAUGCCUGGAUUUGUUACUUUUUCAAAGAAAAAUGGCGGGGGGUUUCAAGAGACAGCAGCAGGCAACAGUAGUAGUUUGGGUAUCCCAGCAAAAACGGGAUUUGUAAAGGCGUCCCAAGUUUUGAUAGGAAAGCCUGGGGGGCACAAAUCGAAAACUGCAAAAUCAGUUCCAUUGUCAUCUUCAUCUUCAUCAUCAUCAUCAUCAUCAUCAUCAUCAUCAUCAUCAUCAUCAUCAUCAUCAUCACCAUCAACUGAAUCAAAAAAAAGUAAUCAUAGUAGUAAUAGUACCAAAACUACGCCAUUAGUGUUACCAAAGACUGCAUCGAGGAAAAAUACACCAAAGAGUAACAGUAAUAAAAGUGGACGUCGUCAACAACAGACUCUCUUUUUUGCUCCUCAGCAACAAGCUCCGGUCAAGGUAACCAAAGCCAAGGCGUCAUCUCGACCUAUACCUCGGUUUGCUCCAGGCUCCAAAAAUAGGGGAAAUGUUUAA